AUGUCUCGAAACACGCCGUCGCGGUUCUCCAACUACUCGGGCACGUCCGGCACGCAGAGCCCAAUCGACUCGCUGACGGAAUCGCGAAAACGACAGUCGAAAAAGGACGAGGCGAUCCGCCGAAAGCUGGAGACAGAUCUCAGCAAAAGAAGCCAUGUCCGCCCCAAACCAACCAAGAAGAUUGUGUCCGGCACGGUCAUGGCACUCAAACCGUCGCCCGCCGUCACCAUCAAGCCCAAGACGUCGGUGUCCGAGGCGGCACAGCUCAUGAGCGCAAAGAGAGAAAACUGCGUGCUGGUGAUUGAAGAUGACAACAUUAGCGGCAUCUUCACAGCCAAAGACCUGGCGUUCAAGGUCGUGGGCUCGGGCCUCGAUGCCUCCGUCACCACCGUCGACCAGAUCAUGACUCGUAACCCGCUCUACGCCACCACCAACACCAGUGCCACCGAAGGUCUCAAUCUCAUGGUCAACAAGGGCUUCCGUCAUCUGCCCGUCAUGGACGAAAACAACGAGGUCUCUGGUAUUCUGGAUAUCACAAAGUGCUACCAUGAGGCCAUGGAGAAGCUGGAGCGCGCCUACCAGAGCUCUCGAAAGCUGUACGACGCCCUGGAAGGUGUGCAGACAGAGCUGGGAUCGUCGCAGCCCGCCCAGAUCAUCAACUACGUCGAGGCUCUCAAACAACGCAUGGAGGGCCCCGACCUGGAGUCUGUGCUCGACGGCACGCCACCCACUUAUGUUGAUGUCCGAACCACCGUAUUCGAGGCUGCCUCUCUCAUGAAACAGAACCACACCACCGCCGUGCUGGUGACCGACCACGACCAGGUCAAGGGUAUCUUCACCAGUAAGGAUGUCGUUCUGCGAGUCAUUGCUGCAGGUCUGGACCCCAAGAACUGCUCCGUCAUCCGCGUCAUGACCCCCCAUCCUGACGUGGCUCCUCAAAACAUGUCCAUCCAGGUCGCCCUCCGAACCAUGCAUGAGGGCCGAUACCUGAACCUGCCUGUGAUGGGCCCCAACGCCGAGCUUGUGGGUGUUGUCGAUGUGCUCAAACUCACCUACGCCACUCUGGAGCAGAUCAACACUAUGAGCACCGGUGACUCCGAGGGUCCUGCAUGGAACAAGUUCUGGAUGUCGUUGGACGACGGCUCCGAGGCUGGCUCCGAGACCAAUAGCCACAACCGCAUCAUGUCGCCUGUUUCUGUGUCGUCUCCAGAAGUGAGCCACUCCGAGCUCGCCCAAUUUGGUGUGGGAGAGGUGGGUCCCUCCGAUUCCAUCUCCACCGAUGGCUACGACCGGCCAGGCAGCAACGCCGCUGGAAUGAUUGCGACCAUGCCCUUCCAGUUCAAGUUCAAGUCUCCCAGCGGCCGAAACCACCGUCUUACAGUCGUGCCCAAUGCUGGUGUUACUGCUCUCAGAACAUCCAUUUCCGACAAGCUGUCUGUGGGCGACGUGGAGCUUGUGACGCAAAACUAUGCCAUCAGUUACAUUGAUGACGAGGGCGAUAUUGUGGCCAUCACAUCCGACCAAGAUCUGCUGGAUGCUGUUUCCAUCACCCGACGGGCUGGUCUGGAGAAGGCCGAUCUGUUUAUCCAUCAUCCCGAUAAUGAAGUCAAGCCUGUGGUGACGCAGAAGCUGGAGGACUCUGUGGAAAUUCCCGUCAAGGCCGCCGCUGCUCCUGCUCCGGAAAUCAUCCCUGGUCUGAGUAAUGAUCUGCUGCUGCCUGGUGCGGUUGCUGUGGUUGCUGCUGCUUGCGCUGUUGCUUUCAGUCUUGGCCGAGCCAGAUAG